CGGGCAGCGGGGUGUGCCGGUGGCCUCGAUGAUCUAACGACGAGAUGGUUAUGAUUUAUUUGUUGACCGAAUUAAGGGAGAAUGGUUGGAAAACGGUGCUAACCUCCAGCUCGCAUGCUAACGUUUGACAGGCCUGCUACUUGAGGCCCUCUCGCGGGAAGGCAUUUGGUUUUGUUAAAGUAUUAUUAAAUGUUAUUUGAGUGUAAAUGACAGUGUGCGGACUUGUAUUCAAUACCAAAUCAUACUAAAUGUUAAAAAGGUGAGGGGUCGUUGCCGUGGUGAUGAGUAGUAGUGAGUGUUUUGGGUGCGGUCGCAGCGGCCACUGGAUCAAGAACUGUCCUAACGGCGGUGGGCGGGGCCAGGGCCGUGGCCGCGGCAGGGGGCGGGGGAAAGAUAUGUUCUGCUUCCGCUGUGGAGAACCUGGCCAUGUAGUGAAAGACUGUGAUAAGACCGAAGAUGCCUGCUACAACUGCGGCGGCGGCGGCCACAUCUCCAGGGAGUGCAAGGAGCCCAAGAAGGAGCGCAAGCACGUGUGCUACACCUGCGGGAUGGCGGGCCACAUGGCGCGCGAGUGCGACCAGGCCAACGGCGCGGCAUGCUACAUCUGCGGGAAGGCGGACCACCGGGCCCGCGACUGCCAGCACGCCAACGAGCAGAAGUGCUACUCCUGUGGCAACUUCGGACACAUCCAGAAGGGCUGUGAGAAGGUUAAAUGCUACAGGUGUGGUGAGACCGGCCAUGUAGCGCUGAACUGCAGCAAGUCUUCUGACAUGAACUGCUACAAAUGCGGAAAGGCUGGUCACCUGGCGAAGGAGUGUCUGGAGGCCGCCGAAUAACACACACACACCAACAAACACCCACCCACACACACACCUCUACGCACACACACCUACACGCACACCUAAACACACCCACACACACACCUAAACACACCUACACACACACACACACCCUCCCGCUCUCAUUCAUGGUCAUGUUUCUUUUACUUUUUCAAAUGGUCUCAUCCUCCUUCCUAUUGGUCCAGAGGCAUGUCCGUCAAACAACGACAGACUCUUUGUGUGUUCACUUCCUUGUCACCAUGCGAUAAGCUUUGUUUAAUAUCCCUCUCGGCCCAUUGGCUGAGACAGAAGUGGUGUAAUACCUACUAGCAGAGAGGCUGAGCUUGGGUAAGAACAGGAAGCUGUUGAAUAUCUUAUCUACCAAUGAUAUGAUUUUAUUCCUGACGAGAGCCGUGAUUGGCCCACAGGGCACUACAUGGAAAGUUCAUAUUCUACCGCUGCAUUAUGGUUUGGACCGGUGAGCUGACGGCUCCAAUUCAAGAGAAAACACGACACAGUACAGCGUGUUGACAUCAGGAAAGUAAAUAAAAACACAAAUUGAAGUUUGGUCAAAGGAGAAUGUUUUCAAAAAACUCAAGAUGUUAUUUUUGUACAAUAUAUCACUUCUGUAAAGAUAUGAUUUGCUUGUAGUCUUGGAAGGAAGAGAGAACAGCUGUACUUCAACCGUUCAAUAAACAUGGAGCUGGCCGGGC